UGAGAAGGAGGACUGUUGUUUCUAAUGAAGAAAGAGCUCCACCCUCGGCCACUGCCACAGCGGCUCUGCCAACAAAUAAGAGCAAAGCGUUUUCCCUCUGUGUAUCUCCAACAUGGAUGCUCUUCAGGGGUUUCUAAAAUUCAUCCUCAACCAGAAAACUGUCAUUGGCUACAGCUUCAUGGCUCUGCUGACCGUGGGAGGUGAGCGUCUCUUUUCACUCGUGGCUUUCAAGUGUCCCUGCGGCACUGAGAAUGUGAUCUACGGGCUGGCUUUCCUGUUUGCUCCCGCCUGGGUGUUACUGAUCCUGGGAUUCUUUCUGAACAACAGGUCAUGGAGACUCUUCACAGGCUGCUGUGUGAAUCCCAGGAAAAUCUUCCCCAGGGGCCACAACUGCCGCUUCUUCUCCGUCCUGGGGCAGAUCAUUCUGAGCUCAUUGGUGGCUCCAGUGAUGUGGCUGUCUGUGGCUUUGCUCAAUGGGACUUUUUAUGAAUGUGCAAUGAGCGGGACCCAAAGUCCAAGACUCCUUGAUCUGAUUUGCAAAGGCAAGCCUGAAGAGUGCUGGAAAGAACUUUACAAAGUAUCUUGUGGAAAAACCAGCAUGACCCCCACGGACAACGAAGAACUGAAAUUGUCGCUGCAAGCCCAGUCUCAGAUUCUAGGAUGGUUCCUGAUUUGUUCCGCAUCUUUCUUCUCUCUGCUCACCACGUGUUAUGCUCGCUGCCGAUCUAAAGUUAGUUACCUUCAGCUGAGUUUUUGGAAGAUGUAUGCACAGAAGGAGAAGGAGCAGUUGGAAAACACAUUCGUGGACUACGCCAAAAAGCUGAGUGACAGAAACCUGAAAUGCUUCUUGGAAAACAAGAGGCCAGAUGUCUUCCCCAUGCCCACCUUUGCAGCCUGGGAGGCUGCUUCGGAGCUCCAUUCGUUCCACCAAAAUCGGCAACACUACAGCACCCUCCACAGGGUAGUAGAGGAGGGUCUAGACCUUCGUCCAGAGGAUGAGGAGACCACAAUGAUGCUUAUGGGUACAGCCCAAAACAUGCAGUUCACCCACCAUCACUGACUCACGGGGUCCAGACAUCUUCCUCCUGCAUCAACAGCUACCGGAGUAUCUCUGUGUUUUCUUCCAUUUAGUAUUUCUUAAUCAGACAAUAACACAAAGGGAAGCAGCUUUUUAGACAUGACAAAGGUUUCACAUGCUCAAACUGAUGCUGAGUGACUGGCCAAAGAUGGUUGGGGGUUGGGAGUCGGGCUCAGGGGCUUCAGGUUCUAAGAUUUGAUGACGGACAGUGAGACUCAUGCAAGAAGUUCUGGCACUCUAUGUAAAUACAGUCACAGAAUC